AUGACUUUUGCUAUCAAAGAGAUCAACCAGCGCAGUGACCUCCUGCCACAACUCAAGUUGGGUUUCCACAUUCGUGACAGCUCUGAUGACAUACCUGUGUCCCUGAGAGCAUCUUUACUGCUGGUGAACGGCCAGCCAGAGAGAGUCUCCAGAGCUGAGAGCGUGAUGAAAAGCAAAGAUCCAAAAAGUAACAUUAGUUCUAACUCAGGCUGUGCUGCCGUUCAAAGGACUGUGUCCCCAGUAAUCAUAGGAGGUGCUGCCUCCGGAGUGUCUGUGGCUCUGCUGAGAAGCCUGGGUUCUUUCCAUAUCCCCCUGGUGAGCUACUUUGCAUCCUGCAGCUGUCUGAGUAACCAAAGGGAAUUCCCCUCAUUCAUGCGCACCAUGCCUAGUGAUGCCUUCCAGGUCAGAGCUCUGGCCCGGUUGAUAAUCUAUUUUGGCUGGACCUGGGUGGGAGUGAUUGGGGUGGAAUCUGAUUACGCCCGAUUUGCCAUCCAGCUGUUCCUGCAGGAGUCAGUGCAGUAUGGUGUAUGUGCUGCCUACACUCAUUUCUACCCUGUUGUCCUGAGUCAGCAGGCUCUAGAUGAGCUUCUGAUGGUUAUUCAGGCAGCAUCCACAAAGGUCAUCAUUAACUUUUGCAGUGAGUCAGAGAUGAACAGUAUUCUGAGAGAGAUUCGGCGGCAGAACAUAACCGGUCUGCAGUGGAUCGCCAGUGAGGCUUGGUCCACUGCCAGAUCACUCUGGGAAAAGUUUGGGGACCUCCUAAAGGGAACACUUGGAUUUGCCAUCCAGAGAGCUGAUGUGAUUCCAGGGCUGAAACAACACCUCACUAGUCUCAGACCAUCCGAUAUUCAUGAAUCAGCAUUCCUGGCAGAGUUUUGGGAAGAGCUGUUUAACUGUCAACUGAACGGGUCAGUGAACAGCCACUCUCACGGGGUCGACAGUUACCUUGACAGAUCGCCAUGUAAAGGGACAGAGGAUUUAAAUAAUGUUUACUCUCCUUAUUCCGAUGUGACACAGCUAAGAGUGUCCUAUAAUGUCUACAAGGCUGUGUAUCUGGUGGCCCAUGCUUUGCAAGACAUGAGUAACUGCAAAGUUGGACAGGGGCCUUUUCUUAAUGGUACCUGUGCAGACCCAAAAGAUUUUAAACCUUGGCAGCUCAUCUACUACAUGAAGCAUGCCAAUUUUUCUGCACUGGGGGAGAAAGUCAACUUUGAUCAAAACGGUGACCCCAUUGCUUAUUAUGAUCUCUUGAACUGGCAAAAGAGGCCUGAUGGCUCAUUACAUUUGGUAAAAGUAGGCUUCUAUGACGCUUCCUCGCCUUCUGGACGCAGUCUGGUCAUAAAUGACACAGUGAUACAUCCUCCUCUGGCAUCUGUAGAUUCUUUGGAGUGCUCACGCUGCUCAAAGGACACGUGGCCCAAUCAAGCAAGAAAUCUCUGCAUCCCAAAGACGGUUGAGUUCCUGUCUUUCCAUGAGCUGAUGGGUGGUGUGCUUUGUGCUGUAUCCGUCCUUGGAGCUUGUAUUUCCCUCUCCAUCCUGGCCAUAUUCUUUACAUACAAAGACACACCACUUGUUCGGGCCAACAAUAUGGAACUGAGCUUCCUUCUCUUGCUGUUUCUUGCUGUCUGCUUCCUUGUUGGUCUGUUGUUCAUUGGUGAGCCUUCAGACUGGCUUUGCCGUAUCAGGUACCCAGCAUUUGGGAUCAGUUUUGCUCUGUGCAUUUCAUGUUUACUGGCCAAGACUGCAGUGGUUCUAAUGGCAUUUAGAUCCACACUACCAGGAAGCAAUGUCAUGAAAUGGUUUGGACCCAACCAGCAGAGAGCCAGUGCACUUUUAGGAACAGCAGUCCAGGUAAUAGUCUCUCUGACUUGGCUGCUCACCAGUCCACCUUAUGCCAAUAACAACACAGGUUACCACAGUGCUAUCAUCAUCAUCGAGUGUGUUCCUGGUUCAGAGGUUGGCUUCUGGUGUGUUCUUGGAUACAUUGGCAUCCUGGCCUGCAUGUGUUUCCUGAUGGCAUUUUUGGCUCGGAAGCUACCAGAUAAUUUUAACGAGGCAAAGUUCAUCACAUUCAGCAUGCUGAUAUUCUUUGCAGUCUGGAUUACUUUCAUCCCAGUUUAUGUGAGCACAGCUGGGAAAUACACAGUGGCUGUCCAUAUUUUUGCUAUCUUAGCUUCAGCUUUUGGUCUCCUUUUUUGCAUUUUUGUUCCCAAGUGCUACAUUAUCAUUCUGAAACCAGAAAGAAACUCCAAGAAAAACAUGAUGCAAAGAUGAAGAUGGAAGUAAAAUACAUGUGUUGAGUAAGAAUUUACAUGUGUGAGAAAGUCUUUUUAAUGCGAUAUUUGUGUUGUGUUGUUUUAUUCAAGUACAAUGCUUUGUUGUCCAGAACAAAUUUUUUCUCACAUUGCAAAAAGUUUUCUCUGUCGAUGCAACUAUUGAUAGCAUGUUAUAAUACAAAUAUGAUUAGAUUUCUUUUUUUAAAUUUACGUUGUUGACAACUUCCUUUAGUGUAUGAUCAGUGUACGACAAACUUACAUAAUAUUAAAUAAAGUGAAACUCAUCUUAUUCAUGUUGAAAAAGAGUUUUUUUUUAUGAUGAAACAUACAUAAACAAACAGCAAUAUUGCAGUACAGCAGAUUGUUUGAUUAAUAAAUUGUUUAGGAUGAUAGAGAAUACAGUUUGAUCCAUGUUAAAGAAACUGUUCAAGUGAAUGGUGUAAUGAUGCCUUAAUGGUGACAUUUUCAGCCACAGACAUUUGAUUUUUUUUUGUUCUUUGGACAAUAUAAUCAUGAUUUACUUAUACUUCCCACAGAAUUUAGGUAGGUAUUCAAUUAUUUGCUCAUACUUUAUGUACAUUUGAUUCCUUGACUUAAAC